UGGGCCCGAAUAAGGAAUAACAAUAUGAAAAUAAAUAAUUAGGAUUUACACGAAGAUUAAUUGCUGUAAUUAAAUCUGUCAUGAGACAGUAGAACACGGCUCUCGGUAUUUGCACCCCUUCGACUCUAUAUAAGAGCCCCCGAAACCACAACACAAACCACCCCAAAAUGACGAGGAAGAAGGUGAAGUUGGCUUACAUAUCCAACGACUCCUCGAGGAAAGCAACGUUCAAGAAGAGGAAGAAGGGUCUCAUGAAGAAAGUGAACGAGCUCAGCACGCUCUGCGGGAUCAACGCCUGCGCCAUCGUCUACAGCCCGUAUGAUGCGACGCCGGACGUGUGGCCGUCGCCGGCCGGAGUCCAACGUGUCGUGUCGGAGUUUCGGAUGCUGCCGGAGAUGGACCAGAGCAAGAAGAUGGUGAACAUGGAGAGCUUUAUCCGGCAGCGAAUCUCCAAGGCCACCGACCACCUCAAGCGGCAGAGGAAAGACAACCGGGAGAAGGAGAUGACCGAGGUCAUGUUCCAGUGUCUCAUCGGGAACAUGGGCAUGUUCCAUCUCAAUCUCAUGGAUCUCAACGAUCUCGGCUUUCUCAUCGAUCAGUACGGCAAGGACGUGAAUCGCCGGAUCGAGAUUCUGAAGAAAUCGUCUGGGAAUCCUGAGCUAGUCGUCGGAGAAUCCUCCUCCGCCGCCGUUGCUGCGCUGCUGUAUCCGCUGCCGAUACAAUGACUGUUACCUGCGAUGACCUUGCCGCCUCCGACGGAUGUGGGGUCCUCCUCCUCCGUCGCCGUGAACCCGUUUCAUCAGUAUCUUAAUCCGACGGCGGGGAUGUACGACCAGACGAUGAUGGGUGCGGAUCCGACGGUGCCGAGGCACCAACACCAAUGGUACAUGGAGCUGAUGAAUCACCCCGAGCAGAUGGGUUUUGUGGCGGAGGAGAUUGGUUUUCCGUUCAUGGACGAGAGCCACAACCACCACAACGCCGCCGCAGCCGCCGCAUCUGCCCCUCCGGCGACUGUGACAACCACCGUCACCUCCUCCGCGGGUCCCUCCGCCGGUAACUUCUGGUCCGGUGGGUUUUUUCAGUGAAGUGAUUGGCUCUAAGUCAUAUGUGUUGAUGAUCAGUGUGUAAUGUUGCAUGCGGCAAUGCAAGAACCUUUUUUUUAGGCGUCUUUGUUUCAGAAAAAAAAAAGUGUAGGCGUCGUAUCGAAUUAAUGUAAUAAGCAUUGCCUUUAAUUUUCGUUAUCUGUCGUUCGUUGUUGUUGUGAUUGUGGGUUUUAAUGUAUUGGAUUGUGUCUUUCUCUUUUA